AUGAGUGCGCUACUCUUACACGCCACUGCUUCCGCCGCAGCUACAUGCUCGGUGAUCGAAGAAAACACCGACUACGCUGGCAACGACAUUAAACAAACGACACGAAGUUCCGCCGCCAAUUGUUGUGCCGACUGCGGUAACACACCAGGAUGUACCGUGUACUCUUGGGAACCGUUCGGCUCGUCUGGCAAGUGCUUUCUCAAGAGCAAACCAUCCAACAAAGAAGUUCUAUGGGGGUCCCGAGCUGCCAAGUUGGUCUUGCCCACCGCGACCUGCUCUACCAUCCAAGAAAACACCGACUUGCCUGGCAAUGACAUUGGUGACCCCCUUCAACUGGACACCGUCGGGUUGUGCUGCUCAUUCUGUGCGUAUACCAAGGGAUGCGUAGCCUACGUGUGGGUGCUUCGAAACAACGUUGGCACGUGCUUACUCAAGAGCAGCAAGGGAGUUCCAAGUCUGUUCCAAGGAGCCCGAGCGUCGUAUUUGUCAACCCCAGCAUCUUCGCCUACCCCCGCACCUACCCCUGCACCUACCCCUGCGCCUACCCCUGCGCCUACCCCCGCACCCACCCCUGCACCUACCCUCGCACCUACCCCUGUACCUACCCCCGCACCGACCCCUGCACCUACCCUCGCACCUACCCCUGUACCUACCCCUGCACCUACCCCCGCACCCACCCCUGCACCCACCCCUGCACCUACCCCUGCGCCUACCCCUGCACCUACCCCCGCACCCACCCCUGCACCUACCCCCGCACCUACCCCUGCACCUACCCCUGCACCUACCCCCGCGCCUACCCCUGCGCCAACCUCAUCCCCAGCUCCUGCUCAAUGUUCUGCAAUCCUACCCAACACAGAUCUUCCUGGGAACGACAUUGCAACGCUUCAGCUGGCAACCACUGGUUUAUGCUGCUCGGCGUGUACCUCCACUGCAGGUUGCAAAGCGUUUGUGUGGGUGCUUCGAAGCGGAGUCGGCACUUGCCUUCUCAAGAGCUCCCGGGGGAUUCCAUAUGCGUACACGGGUGCCAGUGCGUCGUACGUCGUCGAGGCGACGCCGGCCCCCACGCCGUCUGCUUGUCCGGUGGUCGAGAACGACGUUGAUUACGCCGGCAACGACAUCCUGUACACAUCUCGCGCCAACUACCAAGAUUGCUGCACCGAUUGCCAAAACACACUCGGGUGCUCGUUGUAUGUGUGGGGGCCUGACAAUGGCGGCGCCUGCUACCUCAAAUCCAAAAAAGGCAGUUCGUCCCCUUCGCCUGGAGCACGAGCAGGCGUGCUGCCCCUCACGAUCCCUGGCACCCCCCUCUCCAACGUGAAGUCGGGACUGUACGCUGUGAAUUCGUUGCCGCCCACCGCGUUCAACUACAUCACAGGGGCGCAGUGGAUUGAUCAAGGCACGCUCAGUGUCGUGAACUCGGAGACAGAGUCGUUUGUGGCGGUGGCCUUGGCUACCAAUUUCUCUCACGGCAGCGGGCCCAUUGUAGUCAACAACGUCGAGAUGGCGUUGAGUAUGACCGUGUACAUCAACGUGACGUCGGCCGGAGAGUGCGCAGACAUGACCGCUACGUACAACAACAACUUCUUCACGUACUGGGCGAGUCAUUUGUACUGCAUUGUGCACCUACACACGGCCGCAACGUCGCUUCAAAUGCUCACGGCUACCGGUCAGGCGAUUACGUUUCCCCAAGACUCGGAUCCUGCCUACCUAAGUACCGCCUUGACCAAUGUGGCCACCAACACUGACUGCGUUCUCGCUUGUACAUCCAAGGGCAAUUGUGCUGGCGUCGAGUACUCGACUAGUGCCAAAACGUGUGCGUUGUACCAGCCCCAACCAGCUACGUUUCCAGAUGUGACUGCUGGCUGGGUGCUGGAUCCAGUGUCGAACGUCGAUGUUGCUGGCGUUCAGUACUCGAAAAUGACCACCGCUGCCCUCCCCAACGCCUAUAUCAAGGAAUCUGUCCCGGGAGUGGCCUCGCUCCAAGCCUGCGCUUCGUCCGCCAAGGCCAAGGGAUAUGUCCUCUUUGGGUUCAACUCCAACACCAAAGUGUGCGUCUUCUACGCCCCCACACCCAGCCCAACCAAAGGCAUCAGUCUGGUCAACACCCCGCUAGUUCCUGUGGUAUUAUCUUCUGGCACGUUUGGUAGUGACGUGGCAAGCGGGGCGAUGGCCGCGACCACCGCGGCCGACUGCUACAAGUUGUGCGUGCCGUCGCAAAACUUGUGCUUUGCGACUGUGUUUGACUCGACUUCCAAGGCCUGCACCUACGUGCAACCUUCAUUCGAUGCUGCAUCCACAAUGGGCUGGAUCAUUCCCAAGACAUUACCUGACGCAAUGACCACAGUGUCGCAGGUGGAUGUGUACGUCACAGCCCACGAAGACGACCACGAGCUGUUCAUGUCUGCACCUGUGUACAACUCGAUCAAGUCGCCAACAACAAAGUCUGUGUUUGUGUACUUGUCUGCCGGGGAUGCUGGUGAAACCAGUGGCUGGUGGCAGGCUCGAGAAGUCGGCACAGUUGCGGCUACCAAGACCUGGGUCAACAUGUUUGGAGUCUUCUCCCCCGUACCCGUGACGUCGACGGUUCUCUUGAACGGCCACCACAUCCAAAAGGUCAGCAUUGGCAACACCGCCCACUACUUUCUCCGACUUAGCGAAAACAACUUGGAUCUCGUGCUCAACUCGAACGUGAAAAGGGCUCCGAUUGACCAACCGACUGAGUACUAUGCCAACGCGCAAGCGGUCAAGGACGUGCUGAAGGGUAUCAUUGUCGCCGAAGCCACCAAAGUACCUAAAGUGAAUGCCCACUACUCCGACUACCUCUUGGACCCAAGUGGCGACCACGUCUUGCACGUGGCCUCUGGUCGCAUCACGGCCGAAUUACUCAAUGCCGACGCCGUCUUUGCGGCUUGUGUGUCGCAAUUCCCGUACUUUGGCUACCAGCGUUGGCUAGACACAGUUAACAUGAACAACCCGGAGCAAAGCGCCCAACGUGCCGUGUGGUUGGGGUUGGGAGCAGGAAUCUUGAAUCAAUACCCUCGGGAGACAUGGUCAGACCAUUCGCCGGCUUUGGGGCGAACGUACACGGGCACUUUACUGGUCAAGGCGACUGCAUGUGCGUUUUAGCCCACCUCGCCUGUGAUGAUUAUUUUACAGUAUUACUCUAAUAAAUUGCAGCA